AUGCAGCUCAAACCUCUCGUCGUUUUCCUCUUCACCACCCUCCCAGUCCUGACAGUAGCCACUAGUCCCGACACAGCGACAAUCAAUGAUAUCUCGAAUCUCACAAAUGAUCUGAAAGCGUUCGACGCCGCCGUCCAAAACUGGGACCUCCAGGAGAAUUCAAGCCCCGCACAGACUAUGAAAGACCAGGCAAACAAGGCCGUGAAAGACCUCAGCCAAACGCUGCAAGACGCAAAGAAGAUCGAGUCCCUCACCCCAGAUGCCCAAGACAAGCUGGUCGCUAGCAUGAAGGAGUUUACAUCUGUGGCUGGGGAUGUUAUCAAGCAUAUGGCUGAGAAGCAAUCUGAAUCUGACAGGGGAGAUGGAUACCGGGGUCUCAUGGAGACCUCGAAUAAGGCGACCGGGUUGUUCUUCAAUGAGCUUCGGAAUAGCCUCGCAAACAAGAUUCCUCAGGAAACGGUACAGGAACUGUCGGGUCAAUUGCAGGGGUUGCAAAAUGGGUUGAACAAGGCUAUAUAG